AUGGUCACCGGCUUCAACAUAGUCGAAGCAAGCAUCGAGGAUCAUCAGCGCGCGCUCAGCAACGGAACUGUGACCAGCGUUGAACUAGUCGUGAAGUACUUUCUCCGCAUUGCAAAAUACGACAUCCGAGGUGGACUCAACGCCUAUACAGUCUUCAACGACAAAGCUCUCGACGAGGCUCGCGCAUCUGAUGAGAGACGUGCUGCGGCAAAGGCUAUCGGUCCACUCGAUGGCAUUCCAUACUGCCUCAAAGACUCCUACAAGUACAAUGGCAUGACCGUGACGAACGGCUCGCCCGCCUUACAGGGACUAAUGUCAAAUGAGGACUCCUACAUCGCCUCUCAAUUCCGCAGGGCCGGCGCUGUGCUCCUAGGAAAGACCAACAUGCCCCCCAUGGCCGCUGGUGGCAUGCAACGCGGUCUCUACGGCCGAGGCGAGAACCCCUACAACCGAGAUUACCUCGCCGGCGCGUUCUCCAGCGGCUCCUCCAACGGCGCGGCGACGUCAAUCUCUGCAAGUCUUGCGGCUUUUGGCAUGGCAAGUGAGACGGUCUCCUCAGGACGAUCACCCGCCAGCAACAACGGCCUCAUUGCCUACACACCAUCUCGCGGCAUCAUCUCCUGUCGCGGACUCUGGCCAUUGUACGUCACCUGUGAUGUCCCUGUACCGUUCGCUCGCAGUAUGGAAGACAUGAUGCAGAUUCUUGAUGUCAUUGCCGAGCCCGAUCCGGUGACAGCCGGCGACUUCUGGCGUGAGCAGCCUCAUGUCAAGCUGCCACCUCGUCCCAAGCCCAACUAUCAGACUUUGCUCGCUGGAGCAUCGCUUGCUGGGAAGCGGAUCGCUGUGCCCAAGCGCUAUGUCGGCGGCAGCGACUCCCACCCGAACGCAAAACCAUCCGUCGUCAGCCCUGCUGUGAUAGCAGUCUGGCAGCAAACUCGCGCUGAUCUCGAGCGCCUGGGUGCGAUAGUGGUCGAAACAGACUUCCCUCUGGUCUCCCGAUACGAAGACGACUCGCAGUCCGGCGAAGCGAACAACGUCGUCGGUGCGCCGAGAUGGUGGAACCAGUACGAGCGUGGCGAGCUGUGCGCUAAGGCCUGGGACGAUUUCCUGCGGUCUGGAGGCGACGAGCGACUCGGCGAUAUCAGCAAAGUUGAUCCGAAUAUGCUGUUUCCUAAGCCGAAGGACUACAAGCCGGACAUCUACAUUGAAGCGCGGAACUGGAUCAACUACCCGGGCUUACCAGCGCUUGCUGCUCAGUUCGAAGGCAACUCUAUUCACGAUAUUGAAGGUAUGGCGGAGACACUACCAGCUUUGGAGGCACAGCGGAAGCGGGACUUCGAAGACUGGCUUGAUGAGAAUCAAUUCGACUUUGUGGUAUUUCCUGCCCAAGGCGAUGCAGGCAAAGCGGAUCUGGAAUUUAGCGUUGAAAGUGCCGCGUAUGCGUUGCAGAAUGGCAUCAAGUACUCUAAUGGCAAUCGCUCGCUGAGACAUCUGGGCGUGCCGACUGUCAGCGUGCCUAUGGGUGUCAUGGAGGACAAAGGCGUGCCGGUCAACCUGACGUUCGCUGGGAAGGCUUAUAGCGAUGCAGAGCUGUUAAGAUACGCUUAUGCCUUUGAACAGGGUACGAAGAGGAGGACUUCUCCAGCCAGUACCCCGACAUUGUCGACCGAUAAGGUCGCGUCCGCCAGUGAGGAGCCGCUCUCGAUAGACUUCCGGCUGGAUGCGACCGGAAGAAGGACCAACAAUGGCGGGAUCGAGGUCUCUGGCACACUUAUUGCCCCUGAUGGCCUCGGCCAACUAGAUGCCGUACAAAUAUGCCUGGAUAAUGAAUCUGGCGGUUCUGCAAAAGUCAUCCAUGGUAAGUGGUCUUACUCUGAGUCAUACAAGCCAGCGCCUAUCGAGCGACUGGACUGGAGCUUGCAGGCGAUGAAGCAGCCGCCAGUCAUGGUACUAGUGACAGCAACGCGAGAGGAUGGUCGUAUCCUCGCAGCAAAGCUGCUCUGGAUCUGA